AUGUAGUACAAAAAACUUAUAUUUAAAAAUAACGUAAAAAAUUUUACAAUACAAAAGGUGACAGUAUUUUUUAUUUUAUCAAAUAAUCAAUAAAAAUGGUUGAAUCUAAAAAAUGUCAUAACUUUUAAAUAAUAAAAAAAAUUUAUUUAUUUAACACAUGAGUAUAAGAGAUAUCAAAAGGAGGUGGUGGUGCAGAACAGUCUUGAUUGUUAGACUCGAUCCACAUCAACCAAACAGUUUUGGUUAAAGAACGGGGGUUGGGCGAAGGAGUGAUAAAAUCCGGCAGGCGACACGGCGGCGCGUAUAGAUCCUAGGGAGACGCACGCGAUUACGCGAUGGAGGGUGGUAGCGAUUGCAUACUUGGAAAUAAGUAUUGGGUGCUCAGACAUGGUAAAAGCAUCCCCAAUGAAUUGGGCCUUAUUGUUUCCUCCAUGGAAAAUGGGAUCCUCGAGAAAUACGGAUUAGCUCCAGCGGGAAUCGAACAAGCUCGAUCUGCAGGGGACUCAUUCUGGGAGGAGUUGAAGCGUAACAAGAUUGAGCUUGAGAAGGUGCGAAUCUGCCACUCCCCCUUCUCAAGGACCAGCCAUACCGCGCAGGCAGUUGCUUCCCGUCUUCCAUCUUCCCCGCAGCUCAUGGUUAUAGAUGAUCUUCGCGAGCGCUACUUUGGUCCUUCUUAUGAGCUUAUGUCACAUGAGAAGUACCCCGAGAUUUGGGCAUUGGAUGAGGGGGAUCCCUUUGCUCGUCCAGAUAAUGGGGGCGGAGAAAGUGUUGCAGAUGUUGUUUCUAGACUUGCAAAUGCACUGACCACCAUCGAGUCCGCUUUUCAAGGUUGCGCGGUGUUGAUCGUGAGCCAUGGCGAUCCCCUCCAAAUUCUGCAGACAGUGCUGAAGCAUUCCAUCAAAGUAGAAGCAGCUGCAAAAGAAUCAUCAUAUGAUGACCGCAAUCACAACCUGGCUUCAAGGGUACACGCAGCAUUCACAGCAGCAGCCCCUUCUGUUCUCUCCCAUCACAGAAUGUUUUCUCUUCAAACCGGAGAAUUACGUGCAAUCCCAUGAUCGCUUUUCUGCUUCAACCCUACUAUUGUUACCCUAUUCUUUCAGUAAUACUCCAUUGUUGUUAUGACUCAUUACCUACCUGCCAAGGUUUAUUGUCAUCUAUUGUUACCCAUUUUUUUUUUUGAAAACGCAUUCUUGAUGGAUUUAGCAGGUAGACUAUUUGGAUCGCUUAGCAUUUGUUUCAUCUCGUUGUACAUAUCGCAUUGAACAAAAGAUGUGAUUCACUUGACUAUAGAUGGUUUUAAUAACAUGAUCCUAGCUUU